CCGCUCACUUAGCCGGUAUUUUCAGGAAGUGCAGUCCGGCUGACAGACACCGUCCAGCGGCCAGUGGAGCUCCGUGAUCCCAGUGAAAGUGUCUUGUUCUGGGCUUCGACACCGUCAACAUGCUGAUUACUGAAUACCGAAUCGUCCUGCCUGUGUCAGUGGAGGAGUACCAAGUGGGCCAGCUGUACGCAGUAGCUCAGGCCAGUAAGGAUGAGACGGGCGGAGGAGAAGGCGUGAAGGUGUUGAAAAAUGAACCCUAUGAGAAGGAUGGAGAGAAGGGACAGUACACUCUCAAGAUCUACUACCUGCAGAGUAAAGUGCCAGGUUUCAUAAGUGCAUUAGCUCCAACUGGUGCUCUGGAGAUUCAUGAGGAGGCCUGGAACGCAUAUCCUUACUGCAAAACCAUCCUUACAAAUCCCUGGAUGGGAGAAAAAUUCCUGAUCAAGAUUGAGACGUGGCACAAGCCUGAUAUGGGGGAUCAGGAAAAUGUACAUGGAUGUGAAAACGCGGAGCGGGAAAUAGUUUACCUCGACAUAGCUGAGAGAAAAGACAUAAAUCCAGGUGACUACAAACCAGAACAUGACCCAGCCAUCUUUAAGUCAGAGAAGACAGGUAGAGGACCUCUUGGCCCUGACUGGAAGAAAGAGCUCGCUAACAACUCCAGCUGUCCGCAUAUGUGUGCCUACAAGCUAGUCUCCGUUGAAUGCAAAUGGCGUGGAUUUCAAACAAAGCUGGAGAAAGCAAUUCAUAAGAUGGAGAAGCGUAUUUUCACCAACUUCCACAGACAGCUGUUCUGCUGGAUCGACAAUUGGAUCGACCUGUCCAUGGAUGACAUCCGACAUAUUGAGGAUGAGACAAAGAAUGAGCUGGAUACGUUGAGGGCCGGUAAGGAAGUUAAAGGCUUGGCAAAUGAUGGCAAGUAAUUGCAGCUGAUGAUUUCACCCAGCGCUUCUCUGAUGCAGGAAGAUUUGACUUCCUUCAACAAACUCAGUCUACUCACCUCGGACACUGGACCUAGACCAGCAUGAUGGGCAUAGUCGAGAAUAUAACCCACAUAUCCUAAUAAAAUUUGCUCUUAAUAAGAGCUGAUUAUUGUAAAACAUUUGUUUGUAUUUAUGUACUGCAUUUGUGAAACCAGUUUUGGGGUUGUACGAUUCUUGCUUAUGCCUAUUCAGUCCUCUUAGACGUGUGGUUUGUGUCUAAAGCAACAUAUCUGAUUAACUGUGCUUGUGUGCUUUUUUAAUGGAAUAUAUUUGGGCUUUUUUCUUUCCCUUGAUUUUGUAUUUUCCAGUUGUUUCCAAUUGUGUACUUUCCAGAACAAGAUACAUUUUCAAAAAGAAAAACUGAAAUGUUAUUUUGUAUUGGACAAAUGACAUACACAGAAUAGGACUGACAUCAAAUAGAAUAGGCUCUUGUGCAUUUAUCAAAUUUCUCCCCUAAUCACAUAUUGCUUUUUUUAAUAAUCAAACUGGAAAUUCAUCCUGGUGUGGUGACUGGAGGCCAAACUAAUACAUAUGAGGUAUUUACAUUGGAAAGACCUCAUCCGAGAAAUGUCAAUAAUACUCUAUAGUCGAAUUUGGUCUGGUGACUGGUUUAUCCUCACACAAAGAUUACAACUGCUGUUUUUUGAUUACAGCUUUAAACUCAAGCUUUGACUCUGUGCUUGUAUUUUGUCAGAAAAACCUGAAGCGUAUCAUGAUAACCUAAAACUGGAUAACUUCUCUAUGACGUCAAACCUUUGUCCUGGGCUGUCAUUGUAAUUGUCUGGAUUUUGAUGUUUUGAUGUGGAUCCAAUUACAAUGUGUAUUAAAGACAAUUUAUUUCUUGAUUGUA